AGACUUAAAGGGUUACAGAAAACAUAGCUGUAAACGGAAAUAAACAAAGCCAUGGAGUUUGUCCUGGACCCGAGCCAUCUGCUUGCAUCACGAAAACCACGCGUCGUGCGACGCAAUGCCAGUAAAGUUUGCCAUCGUCACAAAACAGCAAAGCAAAACACAUAUUGGUAAAACAAACAAAAACGGGGAUAACGGCUCGCCGGUCAACACCCUCGCUCGCAGUUCAGUUUCUAAAAACACAAAGGGGCUAAUGUCUCAACACAGCUACCAAACAUACACACCGCUAUAUGACUACUCCACAAUAACACAGUAGUCCUCAUCGUCUUCCAGCUGAACCGCCGCCAUGCCAGCCGUCCCCGCGCCGAUGCCCGUCUCCGCCGGCUGAGUCCGCACGCGUGGCGCCAGCGGGGGCAGGCCUGCCGCCCGGGGCCCUGCCGGUGACCGGCCCACGAGGUCCUCAACGUCCUGGAUGAAGCCCUGGACAUCUUCCUUACCCUCUGCACUUGGAAUCACCCCGAACGCGAUGGGGAUGCCAUUGUCGUGCUGGUCCACCAGAUAUCAAAUUGACAAUGUCGGAUUAACACUUUUCACGACGCCUCCAGGGGUCGGCAAAUGGCGCUGGUACAGCGGGUCCUUCCGUUGUACCUGUUGCAGAAAUUCAAUUCUAUUCUUCAUCGCUGGUACGGCAGCCGUACGGCAGGGUGCAGAAAUUCCCCGCAAAGGGCAGGUUUGCGCAGUUUUGAAGCUAUGAACUUCAUCAUUAGGUUACCAAACCUUCCAUUUUACAAGGAGGUAAACACUAGCUUUGAGAGAUUCUCAUAACGAACAGUCAAUUGAUGACCUUGACCAAGGGCAUCAGCCCCGAAACGCUUUCAGAAUGCUCUGGUGCUGGCUCAUUUUACUCAUCUUAACUUUAGCUCCGUUCACAUGCAUCCUUAGUGGCAGAGGGAGGUCCAAGUCCGCGCUUUCACGCUCUGGCAGAGCUGCCACAUUGCGCGACGUCUGGGCUGGAAAACAGCGCACUCUUGCAGAUUUGUUACCUAAGCAACAACCGGACGUCAAUGACCUAGAAGCUCCUGCGGCAGGGCUGGAGGUUGAUUCCCAAACUGCUGAAGUGCUUUCACCGCUCCACCAUUCACCUUCUCCACCUCCGCCUGUGCCCAUACCACCACCACCUCCCAUACCCGUUGCCAACGAGGACAAUACCGAACAGCAGGCUCUUGGACCCGCCAAAAAACGUCGAAAGGUCGUGGUCCCGUCAGCUCCCACAGGCCCUGCAGAACCCGCCACCCAUGCUGACCCUGGGCCCUCAACCGCCAUCGCCACCGCUGCUACCAAGAUGCUGUCCCGGCUUCGAGUGUCAAGGCGGGAGCUUCAGCCUUUUCCUGAAGGCUGCGAGCGUCCAGAAAUUCCUGGCGAGGACAAGGGUUUCCUAGCACAGGCCGGCGGUGAGGAGUUUUCCAGCUGGGCUUACUUCAAGAAUCAGAGAGGAACGCAACGAGAUGGCAAGGUGUACUUCACAGCAACCUGUUGGCACUGCUCAUGGCAUCAGAAGAAGGAAUUUAACUUAGUCCAUUAUUGGGACGAGGCGUUGAUGGCUUUGUUUGGGGCCGCCUAUACUGUCGUUGCCACUGGGAUGCCAUUCAAUCACUAUGACAAGCUAUGUGAGCUCCUACUGUUUGCCAACGCCCCUAACAUCACCACCAAGUACGAUGAUCCUCGUGCGUUGGGAAGGUUCACAGCUUGUAUCUACGACUACUACCAAGGCGAGCAGACCAAGCGUCUCAAGAACGCAACGUUCAUUGGCAUCCAGAUGGACGAGUCCACGUGUAUUGCUGCUGAGUCCCACGCCGCCAUCUGUGUCAUCUAUGACGAGCCUUCUACUGGCACCAUCUUCGAGGAGUACUUUGGGCUUGUGAAGCUAUCAGGCUGGACAGGCCGCGACCUGUACGACGCCUGCUCUGGGGAGUUCAGGCGGCGGGGUGUGGACCUGGAGAAGAAGCUCGUGUCGUUUUCUGGAGAUGGCUGAUCUGCCGUUGCCUCGGAGAAGAAGGGUGUUUUUGGAUUCUUUCGCAAGGAAGUCAAUAGCGCUUGUUAUGGCGUUCACUGCACCAGUCACCGCCUUGCUUUGUGUGUUAAGGACGCCGGCACCAAGCGCAACAGCCCAAAGAUGCUACGUGACGCGGUUGCAGCCGUCGACGCUGUUAUCCGUGCAGCACACAAGGUCUUCUCAAAAUCACCCAAGCGCUGGCUUAACUACCUGGCUGUCCGCGAGGUCAUCGGUGCUCUUACGCCUGCUAGGACGCCUCGUAAAAAGCCUGAUUGAUAGGUUGGGAGGUUAUCCUUAAUAAAGGCUGUAGAUGUUCCUAGUUUUGUGGAAGUUUCGUGCUUCUUGUUCGGCAUUAUGCACCACACCGUGGGUGUCGUUCAAAGGUGCUGCAAAGUCUUCAUGUUGAUACUUGAUAGUCUUUUAAAUGUCUGGCAAUACUCGAAUUUGCAUAUUAUGCACGGAAUGGCAAAUGUCGUACUUCAAUCCGUUUCUAAAUCCAGACGUAUGAAACACUCCGACGG